AUGAAAGCUUCAUCCGCGUCUCGUCCUUGGCGCUCCUCGCCCGCCUCUCGUCUCAGCGUCACCGGCGAGAUGCCGCGUCGAAAAGCCGCCUGGCGAUUCGUCCAGUCCACAGGCGGAGGAGGUUCGGGCACUGGCUUCCUCGCCACCCUCACUAACGGCGCCGUCAGCACCAACUACGGCCACAAUGGGCGGACUACCGUCAGUUUCGUCGCGGGAGGUGACUGGGCCAAUGUCAUCGCCGAUGUGAAGUCUAAGGCGUCGAAGUCGUACCUGCCGGUUGAGGAGUUGCCAUCGCGCCUUCCCCUUGAUCCUAUUGAUAAUUUCGUCGGCGAGUCGUGCCUGCCGAUUAACGAGUUGCCGUCGCGCCUUUCCCUUGAGCCCAUCAACAAUUCCAUCGACCGCAAGUAG